CCUAAAUACGUGCGUGCACCCUCCGGUCACGCGUCGGAGCCAUUAGGGCGAUGCACUUCGACAGGUUUUCCCCCAUUUUAUUUAACAUACGCCAUGUACAUUGUACGUAUACGCAUAAGUAGACUUCAGUUGCUCAAUUUAUGAAGUUGCAACAUGGACGAUAGUGACUUGUCCUGGCAGCAUCCAUCAAUCAGCAAAACGGAGGAACCAAAAUGAAGAGGAUUCGGAAAUGGUUGGGCCGGGAAUUGGUCCCCACUGGGAGAGGAAAUAGGAGGAACCAACAAGAAACCAUGACACCAAAUGAGCCAGAGACACAGGAACAGAUUGCUGACAGAGAAUGUCAAGAGACAGAAGAACAGACAGGUGGGGAACAAACAUUGGCUGUGAGGAGACCAGACAACCAGGACCAAAUAAUAGUUCCGGUACCCGUUGCAGUCUUCCAACAGAUGUUACAGACACAGCACCAGGUGUCAGGCUCUGGAAACAUUCCAAUCAACAACCCAACAGAUUGCACCAUCAAUAUCUAUCAAUCAAAAGACAGUGCACGCACAUCACACCAGCCUGGUCAAUUGUCAGGUGACAUGUCAGAGAAUCAACCCAGUAUAUCACAGCAACCGACCACUCAGGGUGCUGUCUCAAACCCACUGACACCAGAAUGUUCUACAUCUGAUGUCCGAUCCCAAGCUGCUGCUGCUAAAUGUAAAGAUGCGCUGAAGUUACACUACAGAACCGCAGGUAGCUAUGUACAGCUGAACCCUUGGUGUGAUGAGCACAAGAAACAUAUCAAAGACAUCUACACCAGGUUACAGUUAGCAAAUGCUAAGGGAAACCGUAGGGGUACACUGGUGUCCUAUGAGGAUAUCUUAGUCCUAAAAACAAGAGAGGGUGAUCUGAUCCCAAUAGCUGUAUUCGGUGGUUUGGCUGGUAGAGGAAAGAGCACUCUUUAUGACAAGAUUGCCUAUGAUUGGGCAGUUGACUGUAGUCAGGCACUGCAGAAGUAUGAACUGGUCUUCCUUUUGAAAAUGAGCUAUUUGGAGCAGGCGUCAGAUCUCAUUGAUGCAGUGUUUGACCAACUCAUAGCUGAAAACAUUGCUAAACACAUAGAGAAAGGUGAUCUGCAAUCAUAUAUUGAAAAGGAUAGUGACAAAGUCCUUAUUCUUUUGGAUGGCUUUGAUGAGUUGGAGACCACCUCCCUUAGUGAAUCCUCAUUCGGUUCCAUACUGAAGCUCCUGAGUAGAAAGUCGUAUAGAGGCUGUACUGUACUUGUCAGCACCCGCCCCUCACACUUGCACAGAUUGAUAACAAACGAACUGGUUCAAGAACCAUUCACACAUGUCCGGGUACUGGGGUUUGAUAAAGACAGCAUUGAAGAGUAUGUUCAGAGAUAUUACUCUGAUGAACCUGACAAGGCAAAGGGGCUUCUGGAAAGGAUUGGAUCCUCUGAUAACCUGUCCACUUUGGCAGAGAGUCCAAUGCUGCUCCUGUUGAUGUGUCUACUGUGGAGAGAAGACUCCACACUCCCAGAAACAAUGUCACGCCUUUAUCAAAAUGCGAUUGAAUACAUUGCAAAAAGAAAGAAGGUUUCUGAAGAAGAAAUGUCCAGGGUUGUGAUAGCACUCGGCAAGGUUGGUUUACGUGGCCUUCUCUCUCCUCAGCAAGAGCUCACUUUCAAGGAAAGUGAUUUUGAACGAAAUGUUUUUGACGUAGCUCUAAAAGUUGGCAUUCUGACAAGACAGAGAGUCUGUAAGAGACUAAAGCCUUACAACAGCGUGCAGUUCAUUCAUAAGACAUUCCAGGAAUUUUGUGCUGCUGCAUACUUGCAAAUUCUGUUUCAAGCAAACACAGAAGAGUUUCAUAGCUCUGUGAAUGAAAUCAUGUCGAAGGACCCAUCAGGUUUUGAGUAUCUUCUGCGUUUUUGCUGUGGUGACAAUGAGGCAUGUACAUUGGAAAUACUGAAGGUAUUUCGGGUGAAGCGUCGGAUGGGACUGUCUCGUGAGUGUCACUUGGCACUUCACUGUUACUUUGAAGGUCAGUGCAAAUGUUUGCCUCCUGAAACAUUCAUGAGUUCGAUUCUAACUAAAUUCAUUGAAAUUGACCAUCUUAACAAUGAUAGUGAAAACUCGCUCAGGUACUUUGUACAGCGCGUUGCUCAGGUGACAAAGGACAGUGGCAAUGUUUACCUUGCUAAAGUAAAGUCGGUAAGUCUCAAGUCAAGGGGUUUUUUAAUUGUUUCUGAAUCACUCUGUGAUUUACCCAACUUGGAUACAUUGUGUGUGUCUUACAACGACCUGGGUGGUACAGCAGCAUCAUGGUGCAACCAGUUGGGGCAGUGCAAGGCACUGCAGGACCUGACCUUGGUUGGCUGCUCGUUGAAUGGACAGGACAUGGUACAUGUUGCUGAGUCACUCAGGGGUCUACCCAACCUGGUUACAUUGGCUCUUCCUGAGAAUGACCUGAGUGGUACGGCAGCGUCGUGGUGCAAGCAGUUGGGGCAGUACAAGGCACUGCAGCGCCUGGACUUGAGUUGGUGCAAAUUGAAUGCGCGGGCUGUGGUACGUGUUGCUAAGUCACUCGGUGUUCUGCCCAACUUGGUUGAAUGGGAUCUUUCUUUCAAUGACCUGGGUGGUACAGCAGCAUUAUGGAGCAAGCAGGUGGGACAAUGCAAACCACUCUGUUGCCUGGAAAUGAGUGACUGCUCAUUAAAUGGACAGGAUAUGGUAUGUGUUGCCAGGUCAGUCAGUGGUCUGCCCAACUUGGUUACAUUGGAUCUUUCUCAUAAUGACCUGGGUGGUUUAGCGAGGUCAUUUUGUGCGGAAAUAAAGAAGUUCAAGGUCCUGAGGAAGUUGAUUCUCCACGAGAAACCCGAGGAACUGUCAGAUAAUGACCCAUGUGCUUUCCUCAUAUUCAAACCAAGGUUCAACCGUCGUAGAAUGGAUUAUGAUAACCAGAGAUUUGCCGCACAUUAACUGGAUCUUCCUCAUCAUCGUCUCUCCAUCGCCCUCUUGUGAGCUGUUGUCAAUGGCCAGUCGGAUGUUACAAUUUCGCCCUAAUUAAGGCCUUAAUUAUUUAAUUAGGCCUAAUUAAUGGCCAGCUAGAAUUUGCCUCUCACCCUAAAUUUGAUCCUGGCAUCAUUCUUGACCUUUUCUGAGAUUUUGGACACAGUGAGUCUUAAUGCACGACACUGCCCUUUUUUGACGCUAAGAGCUCCUACUAAUUGUCUGAUGUCUUUGUGUAUUUCUGUUUCUGCUUUAUGUGUCCCCUGGGGGAGUGAGUUCCAGUCAUCUACCAGCCUCUGACGGAACACACUCUGUCCAUACAGGGGAUCUUUCCAUAACCAUGUUUCUGUGGGUUUUUACAGCUUUUGUUUUGUCCUGAGGGAGUAAGUUCCAGUUAUCUACCAGCCUCUGACUGCACACACUCGGCCCAUUAUAAGUGGAUCUUUCCGUAACCAUGUCUCUGUGCGUUUCCACUCCUUUGUUUUUGUCCUAGGCUGUGCUUAUUUCACAAUCAGUAAUCCUUGGUUUACAGACACCAAAACCCGCCUUACGGAUGGUACAAACACCAUCAAGAUCUCUGAUUGCGAUCCAAAUCCAUGUGAAACCAAGGCCCCUGGGGGAGUGAGUUCCAGGUACCUACCAGCAGCCUCUGGUUGAACACUUGGCUCUGCCUGUAUCAUGUACAUGUAUGUGUGCUUUCAUAUCGCCCGUUACGUGUGUGGAUGUGGAUAUGUACAAGUCACUUCAAAUAGUAAUACCUGCCGAGAGCCAUUCAAGUAAUCCCUAAAUAUACUGAUACCUGCACUUUCCUAUGGUCUCCUUCCCCACAGUUGCCUCCACCUUAUGCACAGCGGUAAAAAAGCACGGGUAGAGGAAAAGUGGCUUCAUCAUUUUCUGAAACCUGUCUUCUCAAAUCAUUUGGAAUAAUUUAAAAGUUUAUGGUUUUGGAAAUUGUGAAGCUAUUACAUAAUUUCUGCUAUUGCAAUGCAUGAAACCUCGGGUACCUUGGGGUACAGUCUCUGGGGCUGUGUCCCUUGUUGUGGACUUGAGAAAAAGCAGCAUUGUCAUGGCAUCUUGCAAACUUUUGAAGAGAACUCUGCUUAUUAAAUGUACCAAACUCUAUGACUAUUGAUUGGGAAGGAUCUUGUACAGAGGAGGCAAGAGGGAGGUGGUGGCAUUGACUUCUAUGGAAUCUGUGAAUGAUGAGAAACCUUCUCACUGUAUCCUAGCAACUUGACUGUGACAGUUGGUAACUGUUGUAAUUAGAUGUAUGAUCAUUACCCCAUAGUGUCUUGAUAUCAACACUUUUGCCCGUUUAAACACAUACACUGAACCAGGAGUUGUGUCAGUUUUGUGGUCUUGGAAAUAUUUAAGUGGUUGAGUUGAAAUGGCAAGUGUACAGAUCUCUACUUUUCUAUUUUUGGAUCAUCUAUAAAUAGCCAGACAAGAAGAGACUUGUAUUUGUAAGAUAAAUGUCAAUAGUGGAAGGAUAAGUUGAAAACUUCCAAUAUGAAGAGCCAAGAGAACCUCUUUUAUGUGUAUUAUUUUCUAAAUAGAGCAAGUUUUGUAAUCUGGGAAUAAUGCAGCUCAACUUUUCUUUUGCGUAUCAUUUGUACAAAGCCAGACUUAAGCAAACGAUGCAUGGUCUUUGCAUAAAGAAUGCCAUGAAAAGUGCAGACAUGAAAAGAAUGCCAGUUGUUCUAGAGUAUGUACAUGUAUGUAAUUUUGUAAAUAGCCCGAUAUUAUAUUGUUGUAACAAAUGAUCAGAAUUUCAGAUUCAUGUACGUUUUAUUCCUGUAUUUUUAGUGGUUUUUUUUUCGUAAAAAUUCAAUCACAAAUUGUUGGCAGCCGCUGAAUUAAUUGAAUUCCACGGAUGAUCAGUACUUCAUAGUUGGUACUUGACGAUAUCAACACUGCACAUGAAGCGGCACGUAUGUACAUGUAGAACCAAGAGUUCUCUCAGAUAUAGGGGUAUUGGAAAUAAUGCAGUUAUUGAGUUGAGAUGUGAAGAAACGAAAGAGCUUUAUAAUGCAUGUAACCAUUGUUUGGCAUGCACAAGGGUUUAUCCACUACGAACACAGGGCGAGGGUUCCCUCUUUUUCUCUGUUUUCUC